GGACGCGGGAGCCCGCAGGGAGGGCGGCCUGUGGCAGCCGCCGGGGAGGAGCAGGGUCUGAGCGGCGGGCGAGGCGGAGGCGGAGGCGGAGGCAGAGCGAGCGCGGGAGGUCGCUGCUACUGGGGCCACCUCGCGCCGCUGCCCAACAUGGUCGCUGCGCACGCUGCCCAUUCUUCCUCCUCUGCCGAGUGGAUCGCCUGCUUGGAUAAAAGACCCCUGGAACGAUCCAGUGAAGAUGUGGAUAUAAUCUUCACACGACUGAAGGAAGUUAAAGCUUUUGAGAAAUUUCACCCCAAUCUCCUUCAUCAGAUUUGUUUAUGUGGUUAUUAUGAGAAUUUGGAAAAAGGAAUAACAUUAUUUCGCCAGGGUGAUAUUGGGACAAACUGGUAUGCUGUCCUGGCAGGGUCUUUGGAUGUUAAAGUAUCUGAGACCAGCAGUCACCAGGAUGCGGUGACCAUCUGCACCCUGGGGAUUGGGACAGCCUUUGGAGAGUCCAUUUUGGACAACACGCCCCGCCAUGCGACCAUCGUUACCAGGGAGAGCAGCGAACUGCUCCGCAUCGAGCAGAAGGACUUCAAGGCACUAUGGGAGAAAUAUCGGCAGUAUAUGGCAGGACUUCUGGCUCCUCCUUAUGGUGUUAUGGAAACGGGCUCUAACAAUGACAGGAUUCCUGACAAGGAGAACACACCUCUCAUUGAACCUCACGUUCCUCUUCGUCCUGCUAACACCAUUACCAAGGUUCCUUCAGAGAAGAUCCUCAGGGCUGGAAAAAUUUUACGAAAUGCCAUUCUCUCUCGAGCCCCUCACAUGAUAAGAGAUAGGAAAUACCACCUCAAGACAUACAGACAAUGCUGUGUGGGAACCGAGCUGGUGGACUGGAUGAUGCAACAGACUCCUUGUGUUCACUCCCGGACUCAAGCUGUUGGCAUGUGGCAAGUCCUAUUAGAAGACGGUGUCCUCAACCAUGUGGACCAGGAACACCAUUUCCAAGACAAAUAUUUAUUUUACCGAUUUCUGGAUGACGAGCAUGAGGAUGCCCCUUUGCCUACUGAAGAGGAGAAGAAGGAGUGUGACGAGGAGCUCCAGGACACCAUGCUGCUACUGUCGCAGAUGGGCCCCGAUGCCCACAUGAGGAUGAUCCUGCGCAAACCACCUGGCCAAAGGACUAUGGAUGACCUGGAGAUUAUCUACGAAGAGCUCCUUCAUAUUAAAGCCUUAUCUCAUCUUUCUACCACAGUGAAACGGGAGUUAGCAGGUGUUCUCAUUUUUGAGUCUCAUGCCAAAGGAGGGACCGUCCUGUUUAACCAGGGGGAAGAAGGUACCUCCUGGUACAUUAUUCUAAAAGGAUCAGUGAAUGUAGUCAUUUAUGGCAAGGGUGUGGUCUGCACCCUGCAUGAGGGAGAUGACUUUGGCAAGUUAGCACUAGUGAACGAUGCUCCGCGAGCUGCCUCAAUCGUCUUGCGAGAGGAUAAUUGUCAUUUCCUAAGAGUCGACAAGGAGGAUUUCAACCGGAUUCUGAGGGACGUUGAGGCGAACACAGUCAGACUUAAAGAACAUGACCAAGAUGUCUUGGUGCUGGAGAAGGUCCCAGCAGGGAGCAGAGCUUCUAAUCAAGGAAACUCACAGCCUCAGCAAAAGUAUACUGUGAUGUCAGGGACACCUGAAAAAAUUUUAGAGCAUUUUCUAGAAACAAUACGCCUUGAGCCAGCUUUAAAUGAAGCAACAGAUUCUGUUUUAAAUGACUUUAUUAUGAUGCACUGUGUUUUUAUGCCAAAUACCCAGCUUUGCCCUGCCCUGGUGGCCCAUUACCAUGCACAGCCUUCUCAAGGUACAGAACAGGAGAGAAUGGAUUAUGCCCUCAACAAUAAGAGACGAGUCAUCCGCCUGGUUCUACAGUGGGCUGCCAUGUAUGGAGACCUCCUGCAAGAGGAUGAUGUGGCCAUGGCUUUCCUGGAGGAGUUUUAUGUGUCUGUAUCAGAUGAUGCCCGCAUGAUUGCUGCCCUCAAGGAGCAACUCCCGGAGUUGGAGAAGAUUGUCAAGCAAAUUUCAGAAGAUGCAAAGGCUCCACAAAAGAAGCACAAGGUUCUUUUGCAACAAUUCAACACAAGCGAUGAGAGGGCCCAGAAGCGCCAGCCUGUCCGUGGCUCUGAUGAGGUGUUGUUUAAGGUCUAUUGCAUGGACCACACCUAUACCACCAUUCGGGUGCCUGUGGCUGCCUCAGUGAAGGAAGUCAUCAGCGCAGUUGCCGACAAACUGGGCUCCGGAGAAGGCCUGAUCAUAGUCAAGAUGAGUUCCGGAGGAGAAAAGGUGGUGCUCAAACCUAAUGAUGUUUCGGUAUUUACGACGCUCACCAUUAAUGGACGCCUGUUUGCUUGCCCGUGAGAGCAAUUCGAUUCCCUGACUCCUUUACCAGAACAAGAAGGUCCAACUGUUGGAACAGUGGGAACCUUUGAACUGAUGAGCUCCAAAGAUUUAGCCUACCAGAUGACAAUUUAUGAUUGGGAACUCUUCAACUGUGUGCAUGAGCUGGAGCUAAUCUAUCACACAUUUGGAAGGCAUAAUUUUAAAAAGACCACAGCAAACUUGGAUUUGUUCCUGAGGAGAUUUAAUGAAAUUCAGUUUUGGGUUGUCACUGAGAUUUGCCUUUGUUCCCAGCUCAGCAAACGUGUUCAGCUCUUAAAAAAAUUUAUUAAGAUUGCAGCCCACUGUAAGGAAUACAGAAAUCUGAAUUCCUUUUUUGCCAUCGUCAUGGGACUAAGUAAUGUUGCUGUUAGCCGCUUGGCACUAACGUGGGAGAAACUGCCAAGCAAGUUCAAGAAGUUCUAUGCAGAGUUUGAAAGUUUAAUGGAUCCUUCGAGAAACCACAGGGCUUACAGGCUGACAGCAGCUAAACUGGAGCCCCCUCUCAUCCCCUUCAUGCCUCUGCUCAUUAAAGAUAUGACAUUUACUCAUGAGGGGAACAAGACGUUCAUUGACAAUCUAGUAAACUUUGAAAAAAUGCGAAUGAUUGCAAACACUGCCAGAACAGUGAGGUACUACAGGAGCCAGCCCUUCAAUCCUGAUGCAGCGCAAGCUAAUAAGAACCAUCAGGAUGUCCGGAGUUAUGUCCGGCAAUUAAAUGUGAUUGACAACCAGAGAACUUUAUCACAGAUGUCACACCGAUUAGAGCCCCGUAGGCCAUAGACAUCUAAAGUGCCCCAAGCAAUGAUUUGUCUCCAGUCCACAAUCUUUCAAAAAAUGCCUUUUAUGCUACCAUUGACUGUAUCACCACUAGAGAAUUCUACAAAACAAGCAAAAUCACAUCCUGAGACAUCUCAGGGCUGCAUUCAGCUUACUGACUACAUGAGAAGAGAAGAAAUGAUUUGACUUGCAUAAAGCUUACACACACUAGCUUAGAAACCCCCAGUGUAGUCACCCUGUUUCAUUUCCAGUUGUGCCAUCUUCAUAAGACCCAAAUGAAGAGCUCAGUAGAAACACCGCUCUCAAGGGGAAUCUCAAGCUCCUGACGUUUCUUCUGAGAAUGUUUACAGUGCAAAAUGUGCUACCAAUGGGAUCCAUUUGGACACAUCAGUGGUGAUGUAGUUUCAUCCUUUUUAAUUCAGUAUCUUGAUUUGGAGUAUGGGGUUUGGGCAAAGUGUUAAGGAAUCUGUUAAAGUCCACAUGCUAGGUUGUAUUCUUCCAUCCACAUGAUCUUACCUCUUAAGGAACAGAACCUGACCACACUACUAUAAAACAUUAUGGCUACUUAUGUAAUUUAGAGAGGACUGGUCUGUAAUUUCUGAAUGAUAGAUAGAAUGAUAUUUAUGUUUACAAUGUAUCUUUUUUAAAUUUACAAAUCAGGAUUACUUAUAUAAGAAUUCCAACUCAGUAACACCAAGGUUCUUAAAAUUGCCAGCGUUAAGAUAAAAAA